AUGGACACACAAGCAGGAAUAUCUCAGAAGGACAUCUAAUGUUAUCCCCGGAUUGUGACAUAAAAGAUAAUGACAGUAGACAGGAUUCUCCAGGAGAUAACCCCAUUACCCCAAUUAUACAUCCAGCUCUAUCAGCUGAUCCCUCUGAUCCUGGGAAAUGUUCUCCUGAUCACUCUGAUAUUGGUGCAUCUGUUACAGCUCUGACAGAAGAUACAGUGUUUCCGUGUUCUAUAGAUGCCAAUUAUUUUACACAGAACACAAAACCUAUUAACCCACAGACAAGUAAGGCAGGUGAGAGGCCAUUUCCAUGUUCUGAUUGUGGGAAAUGUUUUAAAUACAAAUCGUUUCUUCAUAGACAUCAGAGAAGUCACACAGGUGAGAGGCCAUUUCCAUGUUCUGAGUGUGGGAAAUGUUUUGCACAGAAAUCAGAUCUUGUUAGACAUCAGCAAAGUCACACAGGUGAGAAGCCAUUUUCAUGUUAUGAGUGUGGGAAAUGUUUUGCACAGAAAUCACUUCUUGUUAUACAUCAGAAAAGUCACACAGGUGAAAAUCCAUUUUCUUGCUAUGAGUGCAGGAAAUGUUUUACCCGGAAAUCACAACUUGCUACACACCAAAGAAGUCACACAGGCGAGAAGCCAUUUCCAUGUUCUGAGUGUGGGAAAUGUUUUGCGCAUAAAUCAGAUUUUGUUAAACAUUACAGAAGUCACACAGGUGAGAAGCCAUUUCCAUGUGCUGAGUGUGGGAAAUGUUUUGCACGGAAAUCAGAUCUUGUUGAACAUCAGAGAAGUCACACAGGUGAGAAGCCGUUUUCUUGCUCUGAGUGCGGGAAAUAUUUUUCCCGGAAAUCACAACUUGCUACACACCAAAGAAGUCACACAGAUGAGAAGCCAUUUCCAUGUUCUGAGUGUGGGAAAUGUUUUGCGCAGAAAUCAGAUCUUGUUAAACAUUACAGAAGUCACACAGGUGAGAAGCCAUUUCCAUGUUCUGAGUGUGGGAAAUGUUUUGCACUCAAAUCAGAUCUUCUUAGACAUCAGAGAUAUCACACAGGUGAGAAGCCAUUUUCUUGCUCUGAGUGUGGGAAAUGUUUUUCCCUGAAAUCACAUCUUCUUACACAUCAGCAAAGUCACACAGGUGAGAAGCCAUUUCCAUGUUCUGAGUGUGAGAAAUGUUUUGCAUACAAAUCAGAUCUUGUUACACAUCAGCAAAGUCACACAGGUGAGAAGCCAUUUCCAUGUUCUGAGUGUGAGAAAUGUUUUGCAAACACAUCAAAUCUUCUUAGACAUCAAAGAAGUCACACAGGUGAGAAGCCAUUUUUAUGUUCUGAGUGUGGGAAAUGUUUUGCACACAAAUCAGAUGUUCUUCGACAUCAGAGAAGUCACACAGGUGAGAAGCCAUUUUCUUGCUGUGAGUGUGGGAAAUGUUUUACACAGAAAUCAGAUGUUCCUAGACAUCAGAGAAGUCACACAGGUGAGAAGCCAUUUUCUUGCUCUGAGUGUGGGAAAUGUUUUACACAGAAAUCAGAUCUUGUUAUACAUCAGAGAAGUCACACAGGUGAGAGGCCAUUUCCAUACUCUGAGAAAUAAAUAUCUUGUUGCACAAAAUAGACAUCACUCAGGUGAGGAACCAUUUUAAUAUUCUGGAGUAUACUCAUCAUUGCCAUGCAUUGUUCUUCAAGGUUCUUAUCCUAUCUCCCAUACUUUUUGCAGUAUACAGUUAGGUCCAUAAAUAUUGAAACAUCGAUACAAGUCUUGUAUUUUGGGCGCUAUACACCACCACAAUGGAUUUGAGAUGAAACAAACAAGAUGUGCUUUAACUGCAGACUUUCCGCUUUAGUUUGAGUGUAUUUACAUCCAAAUCAGGUGAACGGUGUAGGAAUUACAACGAUUUCUAUACAUGCCUCCCAAUUUUUAAGGGACCAAAAGUAAUGGGACAAUCGACUCAAAAGGUAUUUCAUGGACAGGAGUGGGCUAUUCCCUCGUUAUUUCAUCAUCAAU